CCACGGGCUGUAUGAACUACAACUUGUACCAGACAGGCAUUUCACUGAACGGCGCGUGCACAACACAAGGCUUUGAUAAUUAUGGCCGUAUAGUUACAAGACCCGCUGACUUCGUGCUGUUGUAGCAAUUUUACCACCUUGCUGAAUUUACGCUUUCCAUUGGUUUUAAGAUUCCUGGUGCAAUUCAGUUGUUUAUGUGAAAACGUUUGCAAUAUGGCUGACGGAGUUGGCAUCGAUUUGGGUACUACGCACUGCUGUCUGUUUGUGUAUAAACAUGGUCGCAGUCCGCAGGUAAUCAAAAAUAAAGCCGGAGACAACACCACUCCUUCGUGGGUACGUUAUGAGCAAGAUGGUCUGGAUGUCGGCAAACAUGCUAAACGACAAAGCCCGGAAAACAGCAGAAACACCAUUCGUAAUGCUAAGCGGCUGAUUGGACGCAGUUUUCAGGAUCCCGCUGUAGAAAGUGAGCGCCGACUGAUGCCCUUUAAAAUUGUUAACAACAAAGGAUCCCCGGCUAUAGAGGUAGAUCAAUGCAGUGAAGCAGGGGACGUCAUAUGGAAAAGGACGCUACGCCCUGAGGAAGUCAGCGCCGUCAUGCUGUCGUCCCUAAAAGAAAUGGCAGAAGGUUUCUUGGGCAGAAAGGUUAUCAAAGCCGUGGUGACGAUUCCGGCCAAUUUCAUGGAAACCCAACGCGCGGCGACGCUGAGCGCAGCCCGCUUGGCCGGCUUGACGGAAGUGACCCUUCUGAAUGAACCCACAGCCGCGGCGAUUGCCUACGGAGGCGUCAUGGAUGAGCAAUGCACCAUUCUGGUCUUUGAUUUUGGCGGCGGAACGCUGGACAUCAGCAUCAUGAAGGUGGAGGGUCGCAAUGAAUACCGCGUUCUCAGCACCGACGGCGACAUGUAUCUGGGCGGAGAAAAUUUUGAUAACGAAAUCGUUCAGUAUUUUUUGGAUGAUAUUCGAAGCAAGCAUCGCGUCAACCUGGCCGCGGACGCUAAAGCUAAGGCAGUACUUAAACUGAUUGCAGAGGAUGCAAAAAUCGCACUGUCCAGUCCACAUACACAUAAAUACAAGGAGACCGUCUACACACUCCACGAUGAUUUCAAAUACGAAGCCGUACUCACCAAGAAAACCUUCAACGGUAUGUUUCGCGGUCUAUUGCAGAGUAUUUUGGUUCCGGUUAAAAACGCUUUAGAAGCGGCUGACUUGCUAGCAAGCGAUAUCGAUAAGGUCAUCCUGGUUGGUGGCAGCAGUAAACUACCGGCUGUCAAAGAGACACUCGAAGGAUUUUUUGGUCCGAAUGUGGUGUGCGGUGAUGCUAACCCAGAUGAGGCCAUCGCGCGAGGCGCGGCUAUGCAGUCAUAUCGCUUCAACAACAGCCAGUCCAGUAAUGUUCAAGAAAUCACAGCUUAUCACUACGGAAUCGAGAUUCGCGACCGUUCGCAACCGGGGAAUACACGCAUAGCAGAACUGAUUCCCAGAGGCAAACCAUAUCCAUGCAGUCAGACCGAUAUCUUUGUUACAGCUGAUGAUAACCAGACUGUCGCUUCUUUUAAUGUGUAUCAGAGCAAACGCGGAUUCAGUCUAGACAAAUUCAGGAUUGGUCAGUUUAACAUCGCUGAGUUGCCACCACGAAGGGCCGGAGAAUGCAAAUUCGACGUCACCUACAACAUUGAUCGGAGUAACAUUCUUCAUGCUGCGGCACAAGGCAAGGGUGAUAUUUCCAGCUACAAGAAGAACAUUGACAUUCGAUUGGAUAACGUAGUCUAGUAUUUUUAACCUAGCUGGAUAUUAGAUUUUCAAGUGGUGUGUUUCUUGCAUUAGUCUGCACAUCAUUUAAUCAUCCACAGAGCGCAUACUGUAUGUGCGUUACUGUGCGUUGAUGCUUCCUGCAGUCGCUUUUGAUGGGCUUCACAAUGAGUCUAUUGCUACUUUGGUAAUGUAAAAUGUUUAAAAAUGUAAAAUUACGUAGUUUAUACCGUUUGAACGUUUGCAGCGAAGAAGAAAUUACCGGAAACGGUGAGCUUGUCUAGCUAUAGUAGGGAAUACGGAUGAGUAACCCUCUUGGUUUGAGAUUUAGAUGUAAC